AUGCCCCUGUCCCUGGGAGCCGAGAUGUGGGGCCUUGAAGCCUGGCUGCUGCUGUUGUUCCUGGCAUCGUUUACAGGCCGAUGCCCGGCGGGUGAGCUGGAGACCUCGGACCUAGUGACGGUGGUGCUGGGCCAGGACGCAAAAUUGCCCUGCUUCUACCGAGGGGAUCCUGACGAGCAGGUGGGGCAAGUGGCGUGGGCUCGGGUGGACCCAAACGAGGGCACCCGGGAGCUGGCCCUACUGCACUCCAAAUAUGGGCUUCAUGUGAGCCCUGCCUAUGAGGACCGCGUGGAGCAACCACCGCCCCCACGAGACCCUCUGGACGGCUCCGUGCUCCUGCGCAACGCUGUGCAAGCAGAUGAGGGCGAGUACGAGUGCAGAGUCAGCACUUUCCCCGCCGGCAGCUUCCAGGCACGGAUGCGGCUCCGCGUUCUGGUGCCUCCCCUGCCUUCACUGAAUCCUGGUCCACCACUAGAAGAGGGCCAGGGCCUGACGCUGGCAGCCUCUUGCACUGCCGAGGGCAGCCCAGCUCCCACCGUGACCUGGGACACAGAAGUCAAAGGUACUCAGGCCAGCCGCUCCUUCAAGCACUCCCGCUCGGCUGCUGUCACGUCAGAGUUCCACCUGGUGCCUAGCCGAAGCAUGAAUGGGCAGCCACUUACCUGUGUGGUGUCUCACCCUGGCCUGCUCCAGGACCAGAGAAUCACCCACACCCUCCAAGUGGCCUUCCUUGCAGAGGCCUCUGUGAGGGGCCUUGAGGACCAAAACUUGUGGCAUGUUGGCCGAGAAGGAGCUACACUCAAGUGCCUGAGUGAAGGACAGCCCCCUCCCUCAUUUAACUGGACGCGGCUGGACGGACCUCUGCCUAGCGGGGUGCGAGUGAAGGGGGACACUCUGGGCUUUCCCCCACUGACCACUGAGCACAGUGGCAUCUACGUCUGCCAUGUCAGCAAUGAACUUUCUUCAAGGGACUCUCAGGUCACCGUGGAGGUUCUUGACCCUCAAGAUUCAGGAAAGCAAGUGGACCUAGUGUCGGCCUCAGUGGUGGUAGUGGGCGUGAUUGCUGCACUCUUGUUCUGCCUCCUGGUGGUGGUGGUGGUACUCAUGUCCCGGUAUCACCGACGGAAAGCACAGCAGAUGACCCAGAAAUAUGAGGAGGAAUUGACUCUGACCAGGGAGAACUCCAUCCGAAGGCUGCAUUCUCAUCAUACAGAUCCUAGGAGCCAGCCGGAGGAGAGUGUAGGGCUGAGAGCGGAGGGCCACCCCGAUAGUCUCAAGGACAACAGUAGCUGCUCUGUGAUGAGUGAAGAGCCAGAAGGCCGUAGCUACUCCACGUUGACCACAGUGAGAGAGAUUGAAACACAGACUGAACUGCUGUCUCCAGGCUCUGGGCGGACAGAAGAGGAGGAGGAUCAGGAUGAAGGCAUCAAACAGGCCAUGAACCAUUUUGUUCAGGAGAAUGGGACCCUGAGGGCCAAACCCACAGGCAAUGGCAUCUACAUCAACGGGCGAGGGCACCUGGUCUGACCCAGGCCGG